UCAUUGAAAUCUUCAAGCUAUUUUUGAAGGGAUACUUUUCCUUCACAGCUGUUAACACUCGUUCCCAGAGGGAGGCAGCCUCAUCCGAACAUCGACUAAUUCCUCUAUCAAUAGCUGGAUCUCUGGCAAUGGCGCCUAGUUGGCGAGCUUCAUUACCAUCCAGAGACAAGCUAUGGGCCCCACUGUCCCAACAGCGAACCAACCAGGAAACAAUACUUUCAUUCAGGCGCCGUGUGAACUCCUUUCUUGAACCUUGGAUUUCAGUCAUCUUUAGAGGCCGGCGAGUAGUAAUAGAGACUUCCUCUUCAUCACUCUCUUCUGCAUGUCUCUUAGUUUUCGCUUUUGACUUUCGCGAUGGUGGUGGUUCUGAGGAGGGCCCCUCGCCUGGAUCUUCCUCCUCCUCCUCCUCUUCUUCUCUUUUUCGUUCAAGACGCGAAGACACUCGUUUCCAUUUCUUGCCCUCCACAGGAGCAACUGGUAUUGUUACUGGUGUCUCCCGUGAUUGAUUAGAUUUGACUUGGGGAUUUUCCCCUUUGGCUUGAACCUCAGCUCGGAAACUCUCUCUCUCCAGAAUGGUAUUAUAUAGGGCACGGUAAGCACAAGCCAAACCCCAAAUAAGUUGUACCUCCUUAGAUUUAUGUAAGCCGCAUAGUCCCUGACUCAAAUACUGGCUUAGUUUCUCAGGAUCCCACAGUGUCAUGGGAUUUUACUCUUGAACACCUGUGGGAUCCUGAGAAACUAAGCCAGUAUUUGAGUCAGGGACUAUGCGGCUUACAUAAAUCUAAGGAGGUACAACUUAUUUGGGGUUUGGCUUGUGCUUACCGUGCCCUAUAUAAUACCAUUCUGGAGAGAGAGAGUUUCCGAGCUGAGGUUCAAGCCAAAGGGGAAAAUCCCCAAGUCAAAUCUAAUCAAUCACAGGAGACACCAGUAACAAUACCAGUUGCUCCUGUGGAUGGCAAGAAAUGGAAACGAGUGUCUUGAACGAAAAAGAGAAGAAGAGGAGGAGGAGGAGAAGGAAGAUCCAGGCGAGGGGCCCUCCUCAGAACCACCACCAUCGCAAAAGGCAAAAGGGAAAAUUAAGAGACAUGCAGAAGAGAGUGAUGAAGAGGAAGUCUCUAUUACUACUCGCCGGCCUCUAAAGGUGACUGAAAUCCAAGGUUCAAGAAAGGAGUUUACACGGCGCCCGAAUGAAACUCUUGAUUCCUGGUUGGUUCGCUGUUGGGACAGUGAGGCCCAUAGCCUGUCUCUGGAUGGUAAUGAAGCUCGCCAACUAGGUGCCAUUGCCAGAGAUCCAGCUAUUGAUAGAGGAAUUAGUCGAGUUUCGGAUGAGGCUGCCUCCCUCUGGGAACGAGUGUUAACACCCGUGAAGAAAAAGUAUCCCUUCAAAAAUGGCUUGAAGAUUGCGAUGAAGAAAUGGGAUACAGUUGAAAAGGGUAUCCAGUAUUUGAGGGAAAUAGGCGUGGUGGAAAUGUUGUAUGACCCUAACUUUGUUCCUAACCACCCACAACAAAACCGCGACCCUGAAAAAGUGAGGACAACGCCUGAGAUAUGGCAAAAAAUCGUGACAACAGCGCCAGACAAAUAUGCCGCUACACUAACGUCAGCAUGUGACAGAUACCAGGAACAACAGAGAACACCCUUAAUUUAUGAAUUAAUUGUUACGCUCCAAAACUACGAACAAUUGCUGUCCCCAAUUCAUGCUGCCGUGGCUACUAUAUCAAAAAUGACGGAGCAAGUGUCUCAACUGAUUAACCGUGACAAGCCUGUAGCAGUAUCAGAGACGCUUGAUGAAGAUCAGGAUAAUCAAAAGAGUCUAAUGAAGGAGAUGAAGGAGAUGAAGGAGAUGAUGCGAGCCCACCUAACUAUAGACGAUGAACAUUCCUUCUCACAUGCACCAUCAAAGAUCUCAGCUGUUAGAGGCAGACGCUCUCCGGCUCAAGUAAGGGAUAAUACACUGCGAAUUACCUUAUGGUAUUACCUACGUGACCAUGGAGAAGACAUGAGGAAGUGGCACGGUCAACCUACUCCUGUACUACGAGCCCGGGUGAGAGAAUUACAAGGCAGAUCAACCACCAGUGCAGUUGCUUCAGUUACCACAGGUAAUGAAUAGAGCAGCCAAGGCCCUCAGUCGGGGGGGGAAAGGGAUAAUAGAGUAUAUUGGACUGUGUGGAUUCGAUGGCCUGGCACAUCAGAACCACUGAAAUAUAAAGCCCUGGUGGACACUGGUGCACAGUGCACUCUGAUGCCCUCGAGUCAUGAAGGGACAGAAUCAAUCCAUAUUUCUAUAGUAACCGGGGGCUCUCAAGAAUUGACUGUGUUGGAGGCUGAGAUAAGCCUCACUGGUAAGGACUGGCAAAAACAUCCUAUUGUGAUGGGCCCAGGGGCUCCAUGUAUACUAGGUAUUGAUUAUCUCAGAAGGGGGCAUUUUAAGGAUCCUAAGGGGUAUCGAUGGGCCUUUGGAAUAGCUGCUGUGGACACAGACAACAUUAAGCAGUUGUCUGUUUUGCCUGGCCUGUCAGGAGAUCCGUCUGUUGUGGGGCUGCUGCGAGUAAAAGAGCAACAGGUACCGAUUGCUACAAAAACGGUGCACAGGCGGCAGUACCGCACCAACAGGGAUUCUUUGCUCCCCAUUCAUAAGUUGAUUUGUCAACUAGAGAGCCAGGGAGUGAUCAGCAAAACUCACUCGCCUUUUAACAGCCCCAUAUGGCCAGUGCGUAAAGCCAGUGGAGAAUGGAGGCUGACGGUGGACUACCGUGGCCUGAAUGAAGUCACACCCCCACUGAGUGCUGCUGUGCCGGACAUGUUAGAACUCCAGUAUGAACUGGAGUCAAAAGCGGCCAAAUGGUAUGCCACCAUUGACAUUGCUAAUGCCUUCUUUUCCAUUCCUUUGGCCAAAGAAUGUAAGCCACAGUUUGCUUUCACAUGGAGGGGCAUUCAGUAUACCUGGAACCGUUUGCCCCAGGGGUGGAAACACAGCCCGACCAUUUGCCAUGGGUUGAUCCAAACUGUAUUGGAACAGGGCAGUGCUCCUGAGCA